AUGACGCCCAAGGGAUCUCGAAAGAGAGUGAAGCCCAGCCCUUCUGGUGCGGACUCUCCGUCCCCCGCGGCACCAGGCAAUGCUGCCCGAGACCGCUCGGACUCCCAGCGUUCAGGACGUGCGAGCUGGUAUCCAGGGUCCUGGUCGACUACGUCGCGAACGUCCAAGGCGGAUCCAAUUACCGAGGUUGCUCGUGAGAGCAUUUCGGUCGCGCAGAACGUAGCGUCCGGCAUUGCGGAAUCGACAACCUCCUUACUCGAUACACCCAAAACCAGUCGAAACCCCUCGAUCCAACUUACGAAAAGGGCGAGCAUUUCGACAAGAUCUUUACCCGCCGAUGUGACCACAACCCGAGUAAACAUUGCGUCGGACGGCUCAGCUUCCGCCGCAGCUUUGGACAAGAUCGACACCCCUACUCCCGCAAGGAUACGCAAACCCAAUAACGAAGAGGAAAGGGCCACGAAUUCGGUAGAGAAAUCGUCACAAGAACAGGCGCAAACGAUCGUCACCGAAUCUGACACGCCCACACCACAUAUAUCACAGUCCACAUCUACAGAGCAGCCUGUUGGGUGGUUUUCAUGGAUGUACAGGUCUGCGCCUGCCGUAAAAGGUGCCACGAAUGACCAUGAAACUGUGGGGAUAACGCAGAAGCAGCCUGGUGAAGACCAACCCUCGACGCAAACUAGUCAAGAAGCAGUUGCUCCAGACGCAAACGAACCGGUGAAACAACCGCAGCAAGGACAGGGGCAAGAUCAGCUACAUACUACGGCAGAGGCCCAGCCCACGUCACAAAAGCGAUCUUGGCUGCAAAUGUGGUACGGUUCAUCCUCGUCUACCAAACCCGCAGAACAACCAACUCAAGAGACGGCACAAGAAACCCCGGAAGACUCUGGAUAUACAGCUAGCCAAGACGUGAACAUGACGCCAAAGAACUCUCCUGAAGACCCCCCGGAGGAAACAGGCCCAUCGCAAUCUUCAGUUGGAAAUGCCAAAUCCUCCGGUUGGUCAUUCUGGUCUAAAGAACCUGCUAGAGGAACGGCGCCGUCGAAACCCCAGGAAGUUGAGGCUGUCGAAGCAACGCUGGAGCCAAACACGUUGGCGCGGCCAACAUCGCUGGAGCCAGACACAGAAGCGAAUGUGAACGUCACCAAGAGAGGAAGUGUCAAAGUUAAACUACCCAAAGACGGACGGAUGAAGGAAGGAGUCAUACCAACUGUUGAAACGAACUCAACAACCACCACAGCACCCGCCGAACCCCAACCAGCAGGCGCUUCUGCCUCUAGGCAGCUGCAGAAAAUACUGCCAAAUCAAGUGCUGCCGCGAUUCGAAGAAACAUAUAACCUGGAAGAGUCGCCCUCUUUUUUGCAAAGCCUAGGCAGAAUUUUGCAUUAUACCAAGGGCCCAGAGCACAAUCACGUAUCUCGCGUCAAAGAACCGCAUCGCAUCAAACGUGCUCUAGCCAUCGGUGUCCAUGGCUAUUUCCCCGCCCCUGUGAUCCGGAGUGUGCUUGGACAACCCACAGGGACAUCCAUUCGGUUUUCGAACAUGGCUGCGGAAGCCAUCACUAAAUGGACAGCCGAUCAUGGCUAUUCGUGUGAGGUCGAAAAGAUUGCAUUGGAAGGAGAGGGACGUAUUGCAGAGCGGGUGGAUCUUCUGUGGAAGCUUCUGUUGAACUGGAUGGAAGAAAUCCGCAAAGCUGACUUCAUUCUCGUGGCCUGUCAUAGUCAAGGGGUGCCCGUUUCAAUCAUGCUUGUUGCUAAGCUUAUUGCUUUCGGCUGUCUUGACGCCAGCCGGGUCGGCAUAUGCGCCAUGGCUGGGGUAAACAUGGGCCCUUUCUCUUCAUAUCGAUCUCGAUGGAUUAGUGGAUCUGCUGGUGAGCUGUUCGAAUUUGAGCUACCAUCCAGCAAAGUCUCCAAGGAUUACGAGGCUUCUCUUCAGUGUGCUCUUGAUUUUGGAGUUCGAAUAUCUUACAUCGGAAGUAUCGAUGACCAACUCGUUUCGCUAGAGUCUUCUUUGUUCUCGCCAAUCGCUCAUCCAUACAUUUACCGUUCAGUCUUUGUGGACGGCCGAGUUCAUGCUCCAAGCUUCUUGUCACACCUUGUUGGGUUCGCCCUCAAGCUACGAAACCUCGGUAUCCCAGAUCACGGUCUCAUCCGUGAACUUAGUGGUCCUCUAGCUGGCAGUCUUUACACGGGAGAUGGCCACUCUCGUCUCUAUGAUGAUGAAGACGUGUACUACAUGGCUAUUCAGUUCGCGCUCGAAACAUCCAAUGUUCCGGACGCCACCCUGAGCAUCAAGCGAUCAAAUCCUUUGGCUUACACAAACCCAUACAUUCUCCCCUUCGCCAUGCGGGGGCUUCUCGAGGAGGAACAUGUGCGACGCCAGAUGCAUGACGAGACUAUGGAACUUCUCCGCCAGUUCGACGAUUGGAAACCAUCAAGUAAAGUCUUGAAAGAUGUCAAGUUUCGAUUGGAGGGCAUUCGCUCAAAGCUAUAG